UCCGUGGAGCCGCAGUACGGUUGUUGGAAGGCAGAAAGAGGGAAGUAGUGACACACGGCUGGACGGUAACCGACAGCUCCGUAGUUUUUUCGGACAUAUGCCUUCUGCCUUAUGAGCAAUAAACCAACUACUUUUUCUUGGAGCAAUCUAACAGGAUGGAAUCUCAGGUAGAGGAGGAGCCGCCUCCAAACAGAGACCAGAAAGAUAGUCGUCUAAAGAGCAAGAAGCCACCAAGCCUCAUGAUCGCCAUCCCACCACCUGAGGAUAUGAUGCCCAGUGAUCCCACCAAACAGCCGCCGCGACCGUCUCUGAAAAACAGUGGAAGCGGUCGAGCAACUGGUUCUACGUCCGAAAGCGUGAACGGAGCCAGUGAAGGAGGGAAUUUAGCCAGAGACAGAAGAGCAAAGUUUGGUAGACAGACAUCGCUCUCUCAGAGCAUCCGAAAGAAUACGGCCCAGUGGUUUGGGGUGGGUGAAGACUGUGAGACAAAGCAGCAGGUAUGGCACAGGAAGAGCCUUCGUCACUGCAGCCAGCGCUACGGCAAGCUGAAGGCCCAGUAUCGAGAACCUGAGACAGCCACUAGCAUGGACCAGAGUUUGGACUCACCAGCAACCCACAGGAUGCCCAGAAUUGUGGACCCCCUGGCGCGAGGACGAGCCUUCCGUUGCCCAGAUGAGGUGGACAGUCGCUCCCCCAGGACACCCCACACCACUCAGGGAAUUCCUAUCACCCCAGGGAUGACUUCACUCAGCUCCUUCGCCAGCCAGCGCUCUGGGUACAACCGCUUCCCGAGAAGGAAGCGGGAGUCUGUGGCCCGCAUGAGCAUCAGAGCUGCAUCCAACCUGCUGAGGGGCCGUAGUGGCUUGGCGGGCUCACAGACCGGUCGCAGUUUCCCCAGGAGGAGCUUUGCACGGCCCAGUUGGAUGGAGGAGGACACGGUCGAUUCUGCCGACGCAUCCGUGUCACUCUUCUUCAGCAAGACUGAUGCCCAUGAGGAGUUGUACUCUAUGGCUGAUGAUGUAUUUGAAUCUCCACCCAUGUCAGCCACUUCUGCUCCCUGUGAGCAGAAGUUCCCCAGCCUUACUGUUAAGGAUGCAUCUCGAAUUCCCAGGACACCAACCGCGGUGCUCGAAAAGGCUCAUCAUCGUCGCGGUGGUCGCAUCGCUUCCAAAGUUAAGCACUUUGCGUUUGACAAACAUAAGCGGCAGUACGGCAUGGGUGUUGUGGGCAAAUGGCUGAACCGAAAUUAUCGACGCAGCCUCAGCAGCAACAUCCAGAAGCAGCUGGACGACUUCCACAGCCACAGACCCUACUUCACCUACUGGAUUACAUUUGUACAUGUAGUUAUCACGUUGCUGGCCUGCAGCACGUAUGGUUUUGCCCCUUUCGGGUUUUCACAACACUCCACGUCCGAUCUGGUGCUGAAGAACAAAGGUGUUUAUGAAAGCGUCAAGUUUAUCCAACAGGAGAACUUUUGGAUUGGUCCAAGCUCUGAGGAUCUGAUCCACUUAGGAGCCAAAUUCUCACCGUGCAUCCGUCGGGACAAACAGAUAGUUAACCUGAUCGAAAAGGCCAAAGAACUUGAGAAAGAAUCAGGCUGCUGUAUCCAGAAUGACAACUCAGGAUGUGUGCAGACCCUCAGAGCUGACUGCUCGGAGACGUUGGCCACCUUUGAGAAAUGGGACAAUGAAUCUGUGGAGAUAUUGCGCUCGUCUGGUUCUGUCUGUCAUCAGGACCCCAGGCUGUGUGACGAGCCCGGCUCUACAGAUCCUCAUUGGUGGCCAGACGACAUCACCAAGUGGCCGGUGUGCACAAAUCCCCAGAAGUCGAACCACACAGGUUACAGACACAUGGACUGUAAUAUUAAAGGGCGGCCUUGCUGCAUUGGGACAGAGGGCAGAUGUGAGAUCACAACCAGAGAGUAUUGCUCUUUCAUGCAUGGUUACUUCCAUGAAGAGGCCACACUCUGCUCGCAGGUCCACUGUCUGGAUGAAGUGUGCGGUUUGCUCCCGUUUCUCAACCCUGACGUUCCUGAUCAGUUUUACCGGCUGUGGCUCUCUCUUUUCCUCCAUGCUGGGCUCUUACACUGUGUAGUGUCAGUGGUGUUCCAGAUGACCAUCCUCAGAGACCUGGAAAAGCUGGCAGGUUGGGUCCGCAUCUCCAUCAUUUACAUCCUCAGUGGCAUCACUGGAAACCUGGCCUCUGCCUUGUUCCUGCCCUACAGAGCUGAGGUCGGUCCAGCAGGGUCUCAGUUUGGACUCCUCGCCUGCCUUUUCGUUGAGCUCUUUCAAGGUUGGCAGAUUCUGGAAAAGCCGUGGAAAGCCUUCUUCAAACUUUUGGGCAUCGUCCUCUUCCUCUUUGCGUGCGGACUUCUCCCAUGGAUCGACAACAUCGCACACAUCUUUGGUUUCCUCAGCGGCAUGCUGCUGUCCUUUGCCUUCCUGCCCUACGUCACCUUCGGGACCUUUGACAAGUACAGGAAGCGCAUCCUGAUCGCCAUGUCCCUGUUGGCUUACAUCGGACUGUUCUCCUCCCUCAUCGUUUGGUUUUAUAUUCACCCGAUUAACUGGCACUGGCUGGAGCAUCUCACCUGCCUUCCUUUGACAAGCAAGUUUUGUGAAAAAUACAACAUAGACCAUGACAUUAAUGACCUGGUCCACUAGUCUCCUCAUGACUUGGACGGCGUCCUGGUCUUGUAACUCAAAGCCACUGAUGGGAUCAGUUGCUUCCAGGUCAUAUUGGUGGUCUUUCAGGAAUAUGACAAUCGUGCUUUGUAUGCUUUCCUAAAUAUGAUCUGCUAAAAGUCCAUGUGACUGAAACUGGAUCUGUUUCUACUAACCUGACUGCCGACUGUCUCACCUCUCUAAAACCUAUUUAACCUUUCAAAUCCUCAGAUAACUGGAAAAGACUUGGCAUUAAACUGCAUACACCUGGAUGGCAUUAAGAAAAACAUUAAUAUCUGCCGGAUUCCUUUAGUAGAAUGUCUCAUGAGAGUAAAGAAGCUCAGUGAAACAGGAAGAUUUGGACACCUCUUUCAGACUAUAGGCAAUAACAGUCAGAGUUUAACACUAAAAAAGCUGUUAUCCACUUCUACCACGACCCCAGACUGAGAGAAAUGUUUAAAAUGGUCGUUUAGUUUUUUAACCUUUGCCUGCUGGAUGGAUUCACUCGCAAUGCUGAUGUUUUUCUUAACAGGAACUCUAACAGUGACAGUAUGUUUCCAGUAUUACAGUGAGUGUGCAGCUGGGAUUGUUAGUGACAUAUCAGUGGUCAGCUAAGGCAAGACUUCAGUCUGAAACCACUAGCUGCCUUAAACAGACUAUGCCAACGUGCAGAGAUGCCUCAGUGUGAGUGAGCAUACUGCUGGAAGUGUCAAACCCAACCAAGGCGACUUCACGCGCUGCUAUGUGCUCAUCUUGGUUUCCACAUUAACUGCCACAAACAUGUUUUCACUCUAACACAGACGUGCUUGAACCAUCUCCUAUACUCAGCAGAAUUAGCAUAUUUAUUCCAGGAGUAACUACGAAAGCAGGACUUAAUGUUUGAUCGAAGCAGGUUUUUUUCUGCUUUUCUUCUUUCUCACUCUUUCCUGCCGUGUUUUGCUCUGUAACCCAGCAGCCGACUGCUUGUGUUGCUGUUUUAACAGGUCCCUGACAAUGUGAUCAGUGUAACGUGAUUUCAGAAGCUAACGUUUCUCACAUCCGCGGCUUUAGCGUUGUUAAGGAUUCUGGUGUGUGUUGACCCCGGCUGCUGAGAAAGCCACGGGUUUAAGUGGAAGAUUAUGUGGAUUUAGUUACUGAGUGAAAUUAUGUUAGUCAGUCAGUGGAGCUAAUUCAAUGAUCAUCUAGCAGAAAAGUUGUUUAAAAAUGCACAAAUAAGGUGUGUCUGGUCAUUUUUUUUCAUAUUUCAGAAACGUCUUUAUUGUGCCUUUUGACUACUGAAAGUUUUUGCUGAAUCCCAGAAACCUUGUGUCCUCCAUCACUUAGCACCAUCGGUGUGUUUGCAUUGGGACCAAAUAUUUCACUUCUGUUUUUGUAUUUAUUAAAGAGGGAGAAUUUUAAAUCAGCUUCAGGUAAUAUUAAGAUAUGGUUCUGUUUUUCUUCGGUUGUAUAUGUGAAAAUGUGUCCGUCGUGUCAAAAAUAAAUGCCCUGUAAACAUUUCAAAUUUGUAAAAUCUGUUGAGCCUUCAUUUUUUUGUUUUUUCUCAUUAAGAAGUUUUUUUAAUUUUCUACCAAAAACCUUAAACUUGUCAACACAAGAACUUCAAACAGGUCACUCUUCUUAAUGUGGCUUAUUUUUUCUGACUCCUGUCUGAAAUAACAAACCCAAAAUAAAUUAAAUAUAUCUUCACAACUA